GCAGUUCUAUCGAUAGAGGGCGCACGUGUUGCGGGCUUCGUUUGUUUAUGUUGUUAAUUUCUUCACAAAUUAACCGUCAAAAUGUUCGUAAACGAAGUUAACGAUGUGAAGAUCUACAACCUGAGCGCCGGCAAGUCGGUGCCAGAUUGGCUAACGGAUCGGAAAAAGCGAUCGCAGCUGAUGAAAAAGGUUGACUCCCGGCGACAAAUUGAGCUCAUCCAAGAUUUUGAUAUGCCCGGCGUAUGUACCAGCAUUCGUAUGAGUCCCGACCAACAGUACAUCCUGGCCACCGGCACCUAUAAACCGCGAGUCAAGUGCUUCGAGGUGUCUAACCUGUCCAUCAAAUUUGAGCGUUGCUUCGACUCCGAGGUGACCACUUUCGAGGUAAUUAGCGAGGACUACGGUAAAAUGGUGUUCCUGCAGUGCGACCGCUAUGUGGAGAUCCAUGCGGCUCAUGGGCGUCAUUACAGGUUAAGGAUUCCGCGAUUUGGGCGGGACAUGAAGUAUCACAAGCCCAGCUGCGACAUGUUCAUCGUGGGCGUGGGAAGGGACAUUUACCGACUCAACUUAGAGCGCGGGCAGUUUCUGCAACCCUUCGAAACUGAUGGAAGCUGCCUUAAUGCCUGCGAUGUGAAUCCUGAGCACCAUCUUCUGCUGGCGGGCACAAAAGAAGGCACCGUGGAGGCAUGGGACCCGCGUACCAAGCAGCGUUGUUCUACUUUAGAUGUCGCCAUGAAGUUGCCGGGCUUUAAGGAGUUUCCCUCUGUUACGGCUCUCAAAUUCAGGAAUGGCUUGCACAUGGGAGUCGGAACUGCUUCCGGACAUGUGCUGAUUUAUGACAUCCGCGCCAAACAACCACUGCUAGUGAAGAAUCAUCUAAAUCGACUGCCCAUCAAGCGUCUGGCAUUCAAUCCUGCCCAGAAUGCCGUUUACAGUUUAGACGAAGCCACUUUAAAGCUAUGGGAUGAGCAGACAGGCAAGCAGAUUGCCUACGUCGAGUCCACCUCGUCCUUUAACGAUUUCUGCACCAUUCCUGAUACGGGAAUGUUCUUUGUGGCUCAGGAAGAUGUGAAAAUGAUGACCUACUAUGUGCCUGCUAUGGGCCCAGCACCACGCUGGUGCUCUUUUCUGGACAACCUUACCGAGGAGAUCGAAUCGGAGGUCGUGGAGAAUGUCUACGAUGACUACCAGUUUGUCACGGCCAAGGAGCUGGCGGAACUGGGCAUGGAGCAUCUCGUUGGCAGCAAUCUGCUCAGGGGUUAUAUGCAUGGAUACUUCAUGGACGCUCGACUGUACAACAAAGCAAAGGCUGUGGUUGAACCUUUCGCUUUUGACCGCUUCCGCAAAGACAAGAUCCGUCAAGAAAUUGAAAGCGAGCGGAAGUCCCGCCUGCAAAUCGAUUCCAAGCUGCCCAAGGUCAACAAAGAAUUGGCCCUCAAGAUUAUGGACGAACAGGCAAAUCCUUCAAACAGUUCCAAGCAGCGCAAUGUGCCAAAUCUGCUGGAAGAUACCCGUUUCAAGGCCAUGUUCGAGAAUGCCGACUUUGCUGUUAACAAGUCUGCUGAGGAAUAUCGUCUGUUGGCUCCUGUUCUAAAUCGGCUGGAUAAAUCCAAGGCCAAGGAGCUCAAGAAGCGAGUGGAAGUGGCUCAUGUGGCUGAGUUGCACGCCGACGAGGCAAAGCAGCGCGAGGAAAGCGACAACGACGAGGAUCUGUUUGGCUUUGAGAAGAGCGAUGGCGAGUCAAAGGAUGAUAGUGGUGACGAAGCAUCAUCGGAUGACGAUGACCGCAGGGAGUAUGUCAAGGAAAUGAAACAGGCAUACAAACAGGUGAAACGGCAGCGCGAGGAAGAGGAGGAAUUGGAAGAAGAAAAUGACGAGCAGCAUGAAGACAGUCCAGAAGCUACAGCAAGACCACAGGCAAAUGGAUACACUCAAAAACCAACUACAAACGGCAACCACUUCACCAUGACUGCCCUAGACCAGCAUCAAGGCCGUAGUCUGUUGCAGCAGCGCAUCAAAAAGGCCAGCUUGCAGGAUCGCGUGAAGGUCAUGUCUCAACUGGAGGGCCAGGUUACCAAUGUGGGUCGCUCCCUUGGCAACCGGCAGAUGACAUUCGAAGUAAACAAGCAGAAGAAAUCGCAGUACCAUGCCAAGAAACGGGAGGCGGAGAUGAAGAAGCACCGUGAAGAGCGAAGGAGCAUUGUUAGACCUAUCAAGUCGCUGAGACUGAAAAAGGUUAACUUUAAGUAGAAACAACUUGUAAUUAGUUCUGUAAAUAAAUUCAUAUUUUAAAUUAA